AUGCUGAACGUACCAAUUCGUGGUGACUCGCAUCACUCUUCAACCAAGGCUAUUAUCUUGGUUGGAGGCCCAUCUCGAGGCACUCGUUUCCGCCCAUUGUCGCUCGAUGUUCCCAAGCCCCUGUUCGAAGUCGCCGGUCACCCGAUCAUCAACCACUGCUUGAAGGCCAUCACGAAGGUCGACGAUGUGCGCGAAGUCAUUCUGAUUGGAUACUACGACGAGUCUGUCUUCCGGGACUUCAUCAAAGAUGCGGCAAAGGAGUUCCCUCAGUUCCGGAUUCAGUACCUUCGAGAAUACACAGCGUUGGGUACCGCAGGCGGUCUGUACCAUUUCCGCGAUGCGAUCCUCAAGGGUAAGCCCGAGCGCCUUUUGGUGCUGAACGCCGAUGUCUGCUGCUCGUUCCCUCUGGGUGAGAUGCUGCGUCUGUUCGAGGAGAAGGAUGCAGAGGCCGUCAUUCUGGGUACGCGCGUCACCAACGAGGCUGCAUCCAACUUUGGUUGCAUCGUUUCCGAUUCCCACACCAAGCGCGUGCUGCACUACGUCGAAAAACCCGAGUCGCACAUUUCCAACUUGAUCAAUUGCGGGGUUUACCUGUUUGCUACGGAAUGCAUUUUCCCCGCGAUUCGCAGUGCCAUCAAGCGCCGCACCACCCGCCCCCGCUUCCUGUCCUACCCUUCCUCGGAUAACCUUGAGUCUUCUUUCGUCACCGGUGAGGAUGAGGAUGGCGAGAAGAAUGAGGUUUUGCGCUUGGAGCAGGAUAUUCUCUCCGACCUGGCCGACAGCAACCGAUUCUUCGUCCACGAGACCAAGGACUUCUGGCGACAGAUCAAGACUGCCGGCUCGGCCGUGCCCGCCAACGCGCUCUACCUGCAGAAGGCCUUCCAGGCGCAGUCGGAGGAACUCACCCCUCCCUCUGCGACCAUUGUGCCCCCCGUUUACAUCCACCCCACCGCUACCGUUGACCCUACCGCCAAGCUCGGUCCGAACGUCUCGAUUGGCGCUCGUGUGGUCGUUGGCGCCGGUGCCCGUGUCAAAGAUUCAAUUGUUUUGGAGGACUCGGAGAUUCGUCAUGAUGCCUGUGUCAUGCACUCGAUUAUCGGCUGGAGUAGCCGUGUUGGCGCCUGGGCUCGUGUGGAAGGCACCCCCAUCCCGGUGGGCAGCCACUCCACCAGCAUCAUCAAGCAAGGUGUCAAGGUGCAGAGCAUCACCAUCCUGGGUAAGGAGUGUGCCGUUGGUGACGAAGUCCGCGUGCAGAACUGUGUCUGCCUGCCGUACAAGGAGCUUAAGCGUGAUGUUGCCAACGAGGUCAUCAUGUAA